AUGCAUGCUAGGGAAGCUGCAACGCAGAACCCGGACUACUUUGUCUACACCUGCGCACAGCAGGAGAACAAGCGCCCUGUGCCACUGGGCCUAGACAUCAAGCAGAAGUUCCAGUGGCAGUGGCAAUGGCAGCACCAGCCACAGGAGGCACAGGUGCUUUGCAGGAGGUUGGCCACCAUGCAGCAGAAUGGUGCAGUCAGACAGCAGCAGGGCCUGCCCUCCCCAACUCCUGCCAACAGCCAGCCACCACUGAAGAUGUCCCAGCCCCAGCCCACCUCUCAGUCUCAGCCCACCCCUCCCAACAGCAUGCCACUCUACUUGCCCAGGCCCCAGACUGCAGGCCCUGUAUCCCAGGGUAAAGCAGGAGACCCCUCCAACCCUUCCUCAGACUACUCAGCCACUCCUUCCAGGAUCCCCACCUGCAGCAGUAGAAAUGGAAAUCCAGAUUCAGCGGGCAGCCAAGACAAAGUGUCAGAUAGCUUAGGUGCAAAUAUUUCAAAGGCCAGCGCAAUACCAAAUGCCCCAGUCUCCCAUGAUCCCUAUGGGUAUGAACCGACCUCCCAUGGCCCACGGUCCAAGUGGGCAUUUGGAGGCAGGUUUGGGAACCAUAGGGAUGCCGCAACAGCCACCCUAGGCCCAAGGAGGAUUGCCUCAGCCCCAGCAAUCACAGUGUGGGAUGCCAAGGCCAGCCACAAUGUCAGUGGCCCAGCAUGGUCAGCCCUUGAACAUGGCUCCACAACCAGGACUGAGCCAGCAUACUGGAAAGUCUUCUUUGGGCUGGUUGUUACUCAUAGUUUCCAACGGUCUCUCUACUUGCCAGAUUUUCCAGAUGAAGAAGAUGGUCCCGAGCAAGUAAUAAGAGGAAAGAAACAAAGAAAAACAAAACACCGACACAGAUUUACUAAUGAAGAAAUGAAAAAACUUAAGAAGAUAUUUACAUACAAUCCUUAUCCAGAUUUUACAACCAGAGAAGAACUGGCCAAAAAACUCCAAUGUCAAGUGAACGUAAUUGAUAACUGGUUCCAGAACAGCAGAGCCAGACUUCCAACCAAAGAAAGAAGGAGAAUAUUUGCUACAUGGAAACAGUGCAAUGUCCCAGUCCAAGCUCAUCCACUUUUAGAAGUCCAGGAUACCCAGGCUGAAGCUCCAAACUACACCACCAACCAGAGCCUUUCUUGUGCCCAGAAGAUUCUGAUGGGUAGAGCAGAUUGCUCCUCUCUGGAGAAACAGGGAAUUCCUAGUCAGCAAGCAGGCCCUAGUUGGUCCUCUCCAGUUUCAGGCACUAUAAAGCAACCAGGUGGUGCUUUGGAGAAUCAAGAUCACACAGGAAGUGGGCGUUCUCCUUCUUGUCCUUUUCCUAGCUACAGCCCAGCAGGUUGCCUUCACACUUCUAAAGCUUUAGUGUGCUACUUUGUGAAAGAAAGGGUUGACAAUGGAGAAAGCCAGCAUGCAGACCCUUUUCUGUCAUGUUAUCUUCAUAGUGAGUACGGAGUGAGGAAGCAGCAGGAAGAGCAAGAGGAAGACAAUUUUAAAAAGUGUUCACUAUCGGAAUGUCUGCAGCAGGAUGAUUGGCAGUAUUACUUGGAGCAGCACCAACGGCCCCAGAUUUACCAAGAAAAGAUGCUGUUCCUGGAGCAGCUGACAAUGGACCUGGGUCCUGGGGAUCAAGGGCAGGAUUUGGACUCCUCUCAGUUGCAGUUGCAGGUUCAGUUUCCUCAAAAUAAUGGAGAGCCCGGCUGCUCUCAACUUCAGCAAGCACCUCCCCAAAUAGUUGCCAACUCAUCACUGCUGUCCCCAGGGCAACAUAUGCGGCAAUGGGUUUCAGAUCAACCCAGGGCUCAGAUGCAGCAGCCACCACUGCUGCCCCUGGAGCAACAUAUCCACCGAGGGGUUUCAUACCAACCCAGGGCUGAGAUGCAGCAGCCACCACUGCUGUCCCCAGGGCAACGUAUCCAGCAAGGGGCUUCAUAUCAACCCAGGGCUGAGAUGCAGCAGCCACCACUUUUGCCCCCAGAACAACGUAUGCAGCAAGGGACUUCAUAUCAACCCACGGCUCAGAUGCAGCAGCCACCACUUCUGUCCCCAGGACAAUGUAUGCAGCAAGAGAUUUCACAUCAACCCAGGGCUGAGAUGCAGCAGCCACCACUUCUGUCCCCGGGAAAACGUAUGCAGGAAGAGAUUGCAUAUCGACCCAGGGCUGAGAUGCAGCAGCCACCACUUUUGCCCCCAGAACAACGUAUGCAGCAAGGGACUUCAUAUCAACCCACGGCUCAGAUGCAGCAGCCACCACUUCUGUCCCCAGGACAAUGUAUGCAGCAAGAGAUUGCAUAUCAACCCAGGGCUGAGAUGCAGCAGCCACCACUUUUGCCCCCAGAACAACGUAUGCAGCAAGGGACUUCAUAUCAACCCAGGGCUCAGAUGCGGCAGCCACCACUUUUGCCCCCAGGACAACUUAUGCAGCAAGGGGCUUCAUAUCAACCCACGGCUCAGAUGCAGCAGCCACCACUGCUGCCCCCAGGACAACAUAUGCAGCAAAGGGCUUCAUAUCAACCCAGGGCUCAGAUGCAGCAGCCACCACUUCUGCCCCCGGGGCAACAUAUGCAGCAAGGGAAUUCAUAUCAACCCAGGGCUCAGAUGCAGCAGCCACCACUGCUGCCCCCAUGGCAAUAUAUGUAGCAAGGGACUACAGAUCAACCCAGGGCUAAAAUGCAGCAACUAUGGGUUGAGGAAUCUCCAGGGGUCCACCUCAGAGACCAGAUGCAUUUCUAGGAAGUAGUACUAAAGUUCAGAAAGUCUCAGUCAUGGUGACCCACAGGCACCCAUACAGAAGCCCAAGACAAAAGCCUUUCCAGAAGCCAUCACAUUAAAUAUUUUUUUUUUUUUUUUGUAGAGACAGAGUCUCACUUUAUGGCCCUCGGUAGAGUGCCGUGGCCUCACACAGCUCACAGCAACCUCCAACUCCUGGGCUUAAGCGAUUCUCUUGCCUCAGCCUCCCGAGCAGCUGGGACUACAGGGGCCCGCCACAACACCCAGCUAUUUUUUGGUUGCAGUUUGGCCGGGGCCGGGUUUGAACCCGCCACC